AUCCUCUGGGUCUCCAUGCAGAUUUAUCCAAACAAUGGAAAAAGAAAACCAAACCAGUGUCUCUGAAUUUCUCCUCCUGGGCUUCUCAAGUUGGCAAGAACAGCAGGUGCUACUUUUUGCACUUCUCCUGUGUCUCUACUCAACAGGGCUGUUUGGAAACUUACUCUUCUUGCUGGCCAUUGCAUCAGACCAUCACCUCCACAAACCCAUGUAUUUCUUCCUUGCCAAUCUGUCUGUGAUAGACCUUUUCCUUCCUUCAGCUACAGUUCCCAAGAUGCUAUUAAACAUUGAAACACAGAGUCAGUCCAUCUCCUAUCCUGGCUGCCUGAUUCAGAUGUAUUUCUGUAUGAUGUUUGCCAACAUGGAUAAUUUCCUUCUCACAGUGAAGGCAUAUGACCAAUAUGCAGCCAUCUGUCACCCUUUGCUUUACUCCACUAUUAUGACCCAGCACCUCUGUGCUUCCCUGGUGGCUGUUCCUUGGGUCAUUGCCAUUCUGAACCCUCUCUUACAUGCUGUUAUGUUAUCCCAUCUGCACUUCUGCUCUAACAAUGUCAUCCACCAUUUCUUCUGUGAUAUCAACUCUCUCCUCCCUCUAUCCUGCUCUGACACCAGUCCUAAUCAGUUCAUGGUUCUGGCUAUGGUAGGGCUGAUCUUUGUGGUACCUUCAGGGUGUAUCCUCACAUCCUAUAGUCUCACCAUCUCAACUGUGAUGAAAAUCCCUUCCGCCUAAGGAAAACUCAAGGCUUCCUCCACCUGUGGAUCUCAUCUUGCCUUGGUCAUUGUUUUCUAUGGAGCAAUCACAGGGGUCUAUAUGAGCCCUUCAUCCAGCCAUUCAACUGAAAAAGACUCAGAUGCAUCACUGAUUUUCAUGGUUGUAGCCCCUAUGUUGAAUCCCUUCAUUUACAGUCUAAGGAACAACGAGCUGAAGGGAGCUUUAAAGAAAGCUCUAGGCCAGAGCAAAAUCUUCUCCCAGUGA